CUUCUAAUUGGUUAAAGAAAGCCAAUCGAAGUAAAAAAGAAAUUAGUUCUCAUUGUUACAUUUUUGUAUAUUUCACAGUAAAUUAAAAUUAAUCAAGUGAAAUAAGUAAAUACUAAUAUAUAACUGUUCAUAAAGUAUUAGAUUGAUAACAACAAACAAAUUUUAAAUUAUAAGAAUAAAAAUGUUGUGAUGUAGUAGUAAACAGAAACUAAGAAAACCAUGUCUCAAAAUAGUUCCGAUGAUCUACGUAGUACUGCCGAAUUAUUAAUAAAUCAAACUCGCAUCAUGCAAUCAAGAGGUGGCAGCAAUCCUUCCGGGUUUGAUAUGUCACGUACCCAUUCCAUAAAUCUUAUUACCGAGGAAUUCCUAGGUGGCUACAUGCAAGAUGGUCGUAUGUCGGUAGUUCGAAGAUUCUUUUGUUUAUUUGUAACAUUUGAUUUAUUUUUCGUAUCACUUUUAUGGCUGAUAUGUAUAAUGAUAAAUGGCGAUAGUAUAAUUCAAGCACUGCAAAAACAGAUAUUACAUUAUACAGUUAAUGAAUCAUUAUUUGAUGUUGUAGCUGCGGCGAUUUGUCGGUUUUUAGUUUUAAUAUUUUUUUAUGCACUUAUGUAUAUAAAUCAUUGGCUUAUAAUUGCGCUGUCCACAAGUGGUUCUUGCCUAUUUCUAAUAUCCAAAGUUUUUGUAUUUAACUGGGUUGACUCCAGUCAACAAGUAUUUGUAGUGAUUCUCAUUUUAUCCUCAUUUGUUUUGGCUUGGGGCGAAGCUUGGUUUUUAGACUGUCGUGUCAUACCCCAAGAACGUCAUGCUAGACGUUAUUUUUCUGCUAUUACCAAUUCCACGGAUCGUUCUCCGUUGAUGGCACCAUUUUUGUCUGCACAUAAUGAACGUCGCCCUGCUGAUAGUGUAGUGGAUUUUUACUCGCCUUUAGACUCAGCCCACAACAGCGAUGCGGAAGAAGAACAGGAUGAAGAAUAUCAUCAAAUGGGUUUGGAUUGCUUGCGCAAAGCCUAUGAAUUGCUGCAAGUACCCGAUUGGAAAGUAGAAAAAGUUACUAAGAAAGGUGACACCAUUAGCAGUAUACAUCGGGAGAAAUUAGGAAAAAUUUAUAAAUUAACCGGUCGCUUGAAAUAUCCUGCCAAAGCAUUGUGCAAUGAAUUAUUUUAUAAAAUUGAAGAAGCUCCACAUUGGAAUCCCACUAUGUUGGAAUCGAAAAUUGUGAGGAAAGUUAACACCUACACUGAUAUUACCUACCAGGCUACGGUAGGCGGUGGUGGUGGCAUGAUUAAAUCUCGUGAUUUUGUUAAUUUACGUUGUUGGCGUUUAUUCGUUGAUGGCAAAAUGCGUGAUGUGUCCACUGAUACCGACAACUCCGACGACGAUGAAAUGCUUAAUAAUUCGUGUGAAGGUAGUGUUUCUACUAUAUCUGAUCCGGAUGAAGGUGCUCAGUCUAGUAGUGUGGGUAGUUGUCGAAAUAGCACUAGCAUGACUUUGCACAAGGAUAAUGUGGCCUUUCAGACAUUAAGCAAAAGUUUAGGAGCCAAAGAUUUCAGUGAAGCCAUGCGUAUUAAUUUCAGUGAACCUCCACCCUUGGACGAUGAAUUUGAGGAUGCUAAAGAUCAUGUAGAAGAUGUUGAGGAUGAACAACAAGCUCAGAAUACAACCACACAUUCUCCUCUGAAAGGUUUCAACAGCAGGGGUAAAGUAUGGCUGAGUGCGGCCAUAAGUGUUGAGUAUGAUCGAGUACCAGCCAAUACGAAAUAUACAAGAGGUGAAAAUCUGAUUGCCGGUUUUGCAUUGCAUGAAAUCGAAGGCAAAACGGAUGCCUGCAUAUUUGAAUGGAUAUUAUGUUUAGACUUGAAAGGCUAUAUACCUCGUUAUGUAUUAGAUACUGCUUACACCACUUUCAUGACCGAUUAUAUGACAUAUUUACGUAAAUAUAUAAGUGAAUUGCGCCAAAGACGUCGCACAGUGCCGAGAAAUUAAAAAAUUAUUUAGAUUUUAACUGCUUAACUACUACAUCUGCUACAUAAAUUGCCAGUUUUAAUGCAGAAAGUGAUAUAUACAUAUACAUCUAUAAAUAACAAGUCAAAAAGUUUGCAUUUCUAUAUAAUUUUGUGCAGUGAAUUGAGGAUUUUGUUAUAGAUACUGUGAUUUUUUAAAAAGUUCUCAAUUCGAAGUUUAAUUUUCAAUCAAAAUUUCUGGCGGUAAGUUUAAAAUAAUCAAUGACCAAUAAAUUUUAUAAAAAUGUGCAUGUUUGCUUUCGAAAUAGGGUUUUAAAUAUAUAUAAUGAACGAUCAAAAAGUAAAAAACACCUUAAUGUACUUACUAGGGUAUCCAAAUUCUUCAGUUGUUCGAACAAAACGAAUAUCUUUUAUCAUUUUCGAAUAAUUUAAAUUGUUUCAAAUAAAGUAAAAUAUUAAGUAUUAUAAAGUCAUAUCGUCUAAAGCCAGCCAACCCGAUCACAGAAAAUUAUCCAAAUUGUUCGUUAUUCGAAAAUGUUAAUAUUUAAAUUCUUCGAAUUAUUAUUCGUAAGAAUUUCUACUAUUAUUCGAAUGAAUAGAUAGAUACCCAGUACAUACACAUUCAAAUCAAAAUGUUUCGACUUUCUGUCUUAAAAUUGAAAGUAUGUGAAGUUGUUUGUAGUAGUUACUCUUGUAAGUUUUAUAAAGUAAUUAUGUAACUAUUAUUUGUCUAUUGUAAUUAAAGAAUUCGCGAUAAUACCACAAAAAAAGAACUGAAUCAAUUGUAUCUCUUCAAAAUUAUCUCAAUUUUUAUAAAAAAUUGCUUGUAUUGUAUAUUUUAUAUUUAAAUUCUAUUUACAUUUUAUUCUUCUUUUACAUUACAUGCUGCAUUAUUUCUAAAUUAACUCAUAUUAAUCUUUAAGUUUAAUUCUAUACAUAAUUUUUUAUAUAUAUUUAAAGCUAAAUAAAUCAUAAAUGUACUCAAACAAA